UUUAAUAUCAUAAAGUACAGGACCAACACUACGCGACGCGCCGCGAGCUACAAGGAACUGUCACAAUUUGCUUUCAUCUUAGUUAUAGCGAAAACAACCAUUAAUAUUCUUAAGCUACUAUAAUGCGACAAAAAAGAGUUUAGAAAUGGACCAACAAUAUUCAUUGUCUUGGAAUAAUUUCCACGGAAACCUGAGCAGGGGAUUCGCCGGUUUAUUAGGCAAUGGUGAAUUUGUUGAUGUAACGAUUGCUGUCGAAGGGCAUUUGCUGCAAGCACAUAAAGUUAUUCUAUCAAUAUGCUCACCAUAUUUCAAAAAAAUGUUCCAAUUGAAUCCAUGUCAGCAUCCUAUUGUAGUUUUAAGAGAUGUCACUCAUAAAGCCAUGAGAGAUUUAUUACAAUUCAUGUAUCAUGGUGAAGUAAGUGUGAAAAGAGAAGAUCUCACUAGUUUUAUUGGUACAGCUGAAGUUCUGCAAAUAAAAGGAUUAACAACUAAAGAGACUGAUGAAGAGGUGUUUGAUACAGAAAAGGAAUCAACAAAACAAAGCCUAGGACCUCAAAAUGAUAGUCCUGAUGCUGAAUCAUACACUUCAGACAUUUAUGACCCAAACAUCAAUGAAGUAACAGACAACAAUGAAGAUUUAAUUAAGAAAAGACAGUUAUUAGAAAAAAUACACAGGCUGAGUAGUUUGAAACGAAAAUCUGAUGAAUUUUUACAAAAAAACUAUUACAGUGAUCCUAUCACAGAGAAAAGAGCAAAAAUUGCUGAUAAAAAACUGUACAAAGUGAAUAAUCAUUUGUUGCAAAGCGGCAAUUAUGAAAACAAGAAUGUAUAUGAUAACAAUCCUACAGAAGUAACUAAUACAUUAAAUCAAAUUCAAAAUUCUGGUUCUGAUAAGGAACUAUCAGAUGGUGGUCAAAAUCCAGCUGCCGAUAAUACCAUAGAAUUAAAAACUGAGUGUGAUGACAGCGAUAUCACAGUCAUUGAUCCGGCUGUUUGCACAACAAAAGACUUCAGUUGUUCCAGAGACGGUAAAAAAGGAUUAUCAAUACCAUUGGAAUAUCAAUCACCGCAGGAAAAUGAACCGGUACACGGUUUGAACGCAUUUUUUAUGGAUCUCAAAAACUUAGUUAAUGGCAAAAUUAAUAACACUUUGAGGAGUGAGGAAUUUCCGAGACAUUCCCUAGAACAUCGUCUUAUUACAAUACCACAAAAGGAAGAUGGGAAAAAGAAAUAUCCCCAAAGAUCGUGUAGACUUUGUUGGCGGCUAGGCAAACGGCGUGAUACUAGAUUUAUGUGUAGUGCUUGUGAAUUACCAUUUUGCAAAACUCCAUGUUUUGAAAUUCAUUUUAAUGAUAUGUUUAAGGCACCUCAUAUGCAAGGAGAUUAUUAUGCAACUUGAGUAAAUUAAAGGCUUUUUGUUUUAAGAUGUCUUUAUAGGUGUUAGUUAGAGUUAAAGUAUAUUUUUGUAAUCACAAGUGAUAGUAAGUACUUCUCAUGAGAAACAUAGAAUCAAAGAUUCAAUCUAGCGUGGGACCAAAACGAAGAAAGGUUAUAUUUUUGUACGACACUAAAUUUAAAGAAGUUGUUACUAAAAAGAUGUUACAAUUUGUAAGAGUUAUAUUUGCACAAAAAAUAUUGGUAAGCUGUGAUACUUAGAAACUAUCUGUGCCAAUAUAUUUUUAAACUGAUAUUUCCUAAAAGUGCCAUCAUUUUUCUGCCAUACAUUCAAAAGACUUUAUUGCUCAUAUUCUAGUCUAUUUAUUAUAUUUAAUAUAAGAUAAACAUAAGAUACUCGAAAUUAUUUUUGUAAAAGUUACACAAUUUCCCUGUGACGUAUAUUGAUCUCUGUAUUGGUGAUGACUUUGUGAUGAAGCUAAAUUAUAUUUACAUUCCAAAUUAAAUAGCCUUAUUUGGCUAUGGUCCAGUUUUUGAUACAAAUGAUAUGUGAAUUAUUAUUUAUCGUAAUUCUUGUGUGAUGUUUAACAUAUGCUUGAGUGUUUUAAUGGACAUUAAAAAACUGUAUUCAAAACAAUCUUUAAUUUCCUCCUUUGCAACCAUAUUUCAAUAAAACUAAUAUUAUUUUAUAAUUAUAAGCAAGAAGAACCAAUAAUUUUUUGAU